UCGACAUAAAGCAGCCCGGUGCCAGGCCGCUUAUUUUGGAUUUAAAUCUAUGAUUUGAGAGGGAAAACAAGAAUUUUGUAACACAUGAAAAGUCUUUACAUUCUCCAUGUGUCAGUGCGAAGAUUCCUUGACUCGCCUUUAAAAGCAUCACGUUUCUCCUUCUCUGGACUCGACCUGUCAGGUCUGACGCGGUCAUUGUGGGCGCUGCGUUGACAGUCAUGGAGGAGCAGUGCAGCGGGUCUGUUCAAAUCACCAGAUAACGUCAGUUCGCUCUGUUAUUGUCUAAAAUGGGAUCUGUUCUGGACGAUCCGUUUCUAGAGAGACACUUCAGGGGACAUAAAGAUGCUGUGACCUGUGCAGACUUCAAUCCAAACCAAAACCAGCUGGCUACAGGAUCAGUGGAUAGGACCCUGAUGAUCUGGAACCUGGCCCCAAAGGCGAGGGCCUUUCGUUUUGUCGGGCACCAGGACACCGUCACGGGGCUGCAGUUCUCCCCGUCCGGGCGUCUGCUGGCUUCUUCGUCCAAAGACAGAACGGUUCGAUUGUGGACACUUUCCUUAAAAGGAGAGUCCUCGGUGUUGAAAGGCCACACCGCCGCGGUACGCAGUGUGUCUUUCUCCCAUGAUGGCUACAGCCUGGUCACUGCGUCUGAUGACAAGUCGGUUAUAGUGUGGAGCGUCCCACGGCGGUGUUACGUCUACUCCCUCAGCCAGCACACCAACUGGGUCCGCUGUGCCAGAUUUUCUCCAGACGGGAGGCUCAUAGCGUCCUGCGGGGACGACUGCUCCGUCCGUCUCUGGGACACGUCCACCAAAUGCUGCAUCAACACUUUCACCAACUGCGGAGGCUCGGUCACAUUUGUCGACUUCAACGCCAGCGGCACCUGCAUCGCCUCGUCAGGAGAUGACAGUUGUCUUAAAAUCUGGGAUUUGCGAACCAAUAAGCUGAUUCAGCACUAUCAAGUCCACAAUGGAGGAAGCAAUAGUUUGUCCUUCCACCCGUCCAAUAACUACCUAAUCAGUGGCUCCAGUGACCGGACAGUGAAGAUCCUGGACCUGCUGGAGGGCCGGCUCAUCUAUACCUUGCAUGGACACAAGGGAGCCGUAAUCACUGUGGCCUUUUCCAGGCUUGGAGAUCACUUUGCCUCAGGCGGAACUGAUUGCCAGGUUCUGCUGUGGAAGACCAAUUUUGACCGUAAACGUUACCGGGAUGUUCUGCUACAACACAGCUGGAGGUCCACCCCCGAUCCUCUGCCCCACCUGUCUGACAUCCACCCCGGGACGCCCCACGCCCACCUCCACCGCUCACAUCCCACGGGCAUUCAGAUCAAUCCAGUCGUGACAAACACGUUGUCCUACGAUCCUGAGGUCGUAGAGGUCAGCCGAUAUCACCAUGACAACAAGCCUCCAUCUCCUCCCUCCAUCGGCUUCCUUCUACUGCCUCCUCACAAGUCUCCCUUUGAAGUGAGGACAGCGUGCAGGAAGCAAGCUGGAAUCGAUUGCUCCGUGCAUUAGGCCAGGAAUGUGUGACACCCCCUCCUCCUCUUCCUUCCUCUCCCAUCCCUCAGACACAUCCCUCAUUAAUUUCCCCCCUUCUGUUCCUCCUGUUGCUCCACCAGAAGUAUCUACUAUCGCCCAACGUCGCCUCACUUUCUGGAGUUUAAACAAGGAUGACCGGCCCCGAUUGUUCCUCAUUUCAAAAUCGAUCUCUUUGUUAUAUUAACCCUACCUCGGGGUCAUCACGACAAUACUUACUCUGAGUUUCGUUCUCCAGUAUUUUGAAAGGUUUUGUUGAAGAGUUGUUUCAGAAAAGCGUCAUUCUCGGUAUGCCCUUACUUGUGCAACACCAAUUGGAGAUUCGCCGAUCCGAUAUUAAUAUCGGUAUCAGUCCUGAUAUGGAAGAAAAUUCUA